GCUUCAUUCGGGGGCACUCAUCCAGUGAAACACGGCAGAGAUUGGUAGACCGUGGUCGUCUUUAGUUGUCAAGACGAGCUAAUAGCAGUGACUCCGAAUUGUUCCUCUUUAUUCUCCAGUUGCACGAGUACACAGUAAGUUGAUUCAGCUGAACCGUUGAUCCUUUGGAUAGUGAACACUUCUGAUUUGAUAAUCGUCUUAGUACAUGUUCCACGUAACGACUGUCACUUUGUUGUGAAGAAACAUUGUAUAUCAGAGUGCAGAGAUCGCCAACUACUGUAAUGUUUUCAUCGUGUAGUACAAGAGAGGCUGACAGUGGAGUCACAGACAUGUCAACCAUUCAGUCGAUCUUGGACAGCUUUGCAAACUCACCUCCGAUGACUGUGAGUACUUCGACAGCCCCAGUGCAGCCCAACUGCGAGCUGGAUGAGGUAGCCCAACCUACGACUUUGGACGACGAUGACUCUCGUCCCAAACACAGCUACCUGGCUCUCACCACAAUGGCUCUACAGCACCAACCAGGUAAACAAUGUGACUUGAAAGCAAUCUACGAGUACAUAACCGCUGCUUUCCCGUACUACACCAAAAAUCGCAAACACUGGAAAAACUCUGUCCGUCACAACCUGACCCUCCAUAAAUGCUUCAAGAGGCUCGACACGGAGGAAGAUCGGAUCAGAGAGGCUAAGGGGAAUUUACGGAGCAAUCCUCGCUGGGCCCUGGUGUCCGUUCCCGACAGCUCCAAGCUUCUUAUCCCAAGACAAAUCCGGGACAGGACUUCCGGUGCAAAGAAAAGGAAAAGUAAGAACUCCCCGGCCGACGAGAAAUCAAGAUCUCAUAAGGAACCCAAAACCAAGACGAAGAAACACGAGAUUAAUUCUCCAACAGCAGCUCUCUCAACGGUAUCGCCUCUAGCGAGCAUUUCCCUCAUGCUUCCAAAGAUCGGUUCCAAUGACUCUUGCCUCCCGUCAACAUCUACAACUCUCCGGGCUCUUCUUCAACCGCCAGUCACCCCGGAAUCAGACUAUGGUAGUCUGUGCUCGGAUCGUUCCAGCCCUUUUAUUCCUGAACAUUCGUUUUCGGAACACCAUGCCCUUCAAUCACAGUCCCCCGGUCUUCCAGACGACGGCCUCAGUCCGCUUCCCCGCCUCAGCGUGCAAGACAUCUGUGCCGUCCUUCAUGACGAUUUCCCCGGUAGCCCUGACAGCGGAGCGGGCACGGACCUCCUGGACGGGUUCGGGUGGCUGGACGAUUCGGAACCUGCUAAUCAAGGAACCCCGGAUGAACAGUUCUUCUACCCACAACCAUGCUUAGCAGACACCCUCCUGGAUGACUCAGUGUUUGAACCGGCAGCCGUUUCGUACUUUGUGCCGAAGGUACCAGUUGAACAUCCCCUGUCUGUCAGUAUUCAGAACUUUACUUUCUGAGAAUUCAAAUUUUACAAUUAUUUUAAAAUGCCAAUUUCAUAAAAUUAUACAACUCUUAAAACCAUGCUAAACAUUGCCUGUUUGACAAUCGAGUAUUUUUGAUUAUUCAAUCAAAUUGUUGUUUGUUCAAAAACUUGCCCAAGUUCUUGAUUAUGUACUGUUAAUUUCGAUGACCAAAACAAUGAAUUGUAUUUAUUAUUGGGCUUAAAAUUGUUCACCAAUGUUUAUUUAAUUGUUUGUUCAUGAAUACUUUUUUGUUCC